UCAUCAGCACGCCUCUAUUCCACAGAGACAACAACUACGUCAACGACGGCAGAGCCCGCAGCACCUCCCGCCAAACCCACCUCUCCCCCAGCAGCAAACACGCCGAGAUACGCAAAGCCCGUGCCCAAAGCGACCAAGCCGGCAGUAGCAGCUUCUACCCCGUCCCCCGCAGCAUCUUACAGCGAUGUCGUCUACCAGGCCAAGAGCAUUGCGUACGAGGACGCAAGGGAGGAUGGCGAAGUGACGGACCCGGCCGCCGUGGACUGGACGAGGAGUUUCUACGGCAUCUCGGCCCAGCCGGUGACGGAGAAGCAGUUCAAAUCCUUGAUGCAGCCUGUGGACGAGAAGGAUAUCGAGGUCAAGCCCGACGGCGUCAUCUAUCUGCCAGAGAUCAAGUACAGGAGAAGGUUGAACGAGGCCUUUGGUCCCAUGGGAUGGGGCCUGAUCCCCAAGGGAGAGGCUGUCGUUGGCGAUUCGAUUGUGACCCGCGAGUAUGCGCUCAUCGUCGAUGGCCGCUUUGUCUCACAAGCCCAGGGCGAAAACUCGUACUUCUCCCCCGAACAGUUGCCCUCUGCCGUCGAAGGCUGCAAGUCAAACGCCUUGAUGCGCUGCUGCAAAGACCUAGGCAUCGCCUCCGAGCUGUGGGACCCUCACUUUGUCCGAUGGUUCAAGAAGAACCACAUGGAGGAAGUGUGGGUAGAGCACGUCACAACCAAGAAGAAGCGACUGCAAUGGUACAGGAAGGGUGACGUGGAUGUGUCGUAUCCUUACAAGGUUAGC